AUGCCUCCAAAGAAGACAAAUACCAAACCAGCUAAAGGUUCCAAAAGUGAUGAUUCAGGGGACAAAGGGGGUAAAGAAAAGAAAGGAGGUACUGCAGUGAAAGUAAGACACAUAUUAUGCGAAAAACAAGGUAAAAGUCUUGAAGCUUUGGAGAAACUGAAAGCAGGCCAAAAAUUCCCAGAGGUAGCAGCAGCUUAUAGUGAAGAUAAGGCAAGAUCAGGAGGUGACUUGGGAUGGAUGACAAGGGGCUCAAUGGUGGGGCCUUUCCAAGAUGCAGCCUUUGCAUUGCCUAUUUCUAAUGUGAAUAAUCCUGUGUAUACAGACCCUCCUGUAAAGACUAAGUUUGGUUAUCAUAUUAUCAUGGUAGAAGGUAAAAAAUAA